AUGGACAGCCAGCUCGAACAUGGCACUCUUCCGGGCCUAAAGAUUUCCGAAAAGAGCUCUACAACUCCAAUUGCCAGGGCGUGCUGUGUGCGACCUGUCCUCCGAUACCCGCGGAGAUGCACUACGCAGUACCAGCUCCGAGCAAGCGAAGUGAGUCCGGUCGUCCAGCAUACCCCAUCUCGCACCGAGAGUUCACCUGGCGUGCGCACCUCUUUCCCAGAAACGGCAAGCCGACGACGUCGGAGUGCGUUCUGUGUACACACAUUCCCGGUCUCGAGCCCCUCGUACCCGCGCACCCCGCUCUCCGCGCAACACACUCGUGCCCCCUUCGCACACCUCGCCCUCGACGACGUUCCAAGAGUGCUAUCCCUUCCGAGGAGUUGUGUGCAUGAAGGUCUGGUCGAAGAAUACAUAACGCGCUCCCCUCGACAUCUUCUUCUCUCCAACCACCAACACCUCGACUCCAACUCUCCACCCCUCCAACUCUUCCAACUUCAACCUCUCUCACCCCGCCUCAACUCGAAGAUCAACAAGAUGAGCACCAACCAGCAGGAGGAGCCCACCGUGUACUACUACUGCAGCGACUGCGGCAGCGCCGUCUACGUCGACUACGCGCAGGGUCGCGACAAGGGCGACCUCUGCAUCGUCUGCGUUUACUCGCCCAAGGACGACGAGUCCUCCGAUGAGGAGGACGAGAAGAAGGAGGAGUAG